AUGGGAGGCAGGAGUAACCAGGGCUCCUCGGUGGUGGGUCAGUUCGUGACGCGGUUCCUCCUGCGGGAGACCUCCACCCAGCUGCAGUCACUGCAGUCCUCCCUGGACUGCGCGGUGGGGGCGGUGGACGAGGAGAGCUGCCCCGUGCGGACCUCCCCCGCCAAGCCCCAGGCGCUGCCCCUGCAGCGCGCCGUGAAGAGGCCGGGCCGCCGCCUGCAGAAGAACAUGUGUCUGUCCCCCACGGACCCCUACUCCGGCAUGCUCACUACAGGGGUCAGCGUGGAGCCUGACAACCACUGGAGCUCCCAGAUCAACCAGCUGGAGGACCUCAUAGACAAACUGGAGUGUGAGUCCCACCUGGAGCCUCUCAAAGAGGACACAUUAGCCGGCACCUACAAGUCGAACAUUCUCCUGGUCCAGAGGCAGAUGUCUGUGAAGGAGAGGGACGUGGAGGAGUUCCAGCAGACCCUGAAGAUCUACACGGACGCCACCAGCGCCCAGCCUGACAACCUGCACAUGUCGGUCCAGAAUCUACCAGACAGAUCCUGCUUCAUCAUGUAUGAAUUUUGGCAAGACCGUCUCUCUUGGAUGAGCUACCUGCAGUCGUCCAUCAGUAAGACCUUCCAGCGCUGCAUCAUUGACUCCCUGGAGCAGCCCGAGAUGGUGUCCACCAUGCUUCUCCCAGCUUCUUGGUGGAUUAUGAACAACAACUAACGGGGGGCGGCCAUCUUGCUACUUAUGACAACAAGAGGACGAAGAUGCGAUGGUGUUCUGAUUUACUAUAUCAAUUACUCUCGUUUUUAUUUAUUUAUAUUUUUCAAUAAGACAUGAACAUGGCUAUUUCUAACACACAGCGUGGUGGCUAGGGUGUUUGUCAUAACCCCCCAAGCCCUCAGUGUACCCGUAGGCCUGCUAGAGCAAAGCU